UGAGAGGGAUUUCGGACAAUGCGAACAGAUUUAUUGUUUAUGCGUGCUUUACGAGGAGCCAUACACCGGAAUACCGGAUUUAGUGGACCAUUUUAUCAAUCUUUUAAUGAAUCGGAGUCGGAAAUCAAAAUAGGGGCCUUUAAAAAGAAAAAAAAGUUUCAAAAGAAGAGCAGAGAAGAAUAUUUAAUUACUUGUAGCAUAGGUUAUGUAUAACCUGUAUAACACUUGUUAUCGCAGCGUUUUAGAAGUUAAUUUAGUGAACGAUUAUGAAAUUUCACUGCUAUAUCGAGAUCCACGAUAGAAUAUUAUCUGUCUGCUCGCAAAGAAGAUCACAGUCGAUCUUGGCAUUCACUAAGAAAUCGGUCGAAGAUGACGUGUACCUGUAUUUACAAACACGACAGAACAAACAAGGCACCAAGUAUCAGAUUGUUAAUAAUGUAAAACAAGUAUUCACGAAGUUUAUCGCCGAUGGCAAAGUUACAAUAAGAUUGACGCAACCUUGUCACGAUCUGAUAAUUCAGAGUGAUUCAAUUCAAUUGAAAAGCUUUCUUCGUAUAUUGAAUCAAAUAAUAAAUAGACAUUCUCAGCAUGAGAGUCUCGUAAAUCAAUAUACAGUUAUGCCUAAUGUGUUUUUCAACUCGAAUCAAUUCUCCAUGGGAAAAGUCAAAGUUGUAGUAAAGAAAAAGUCUGAGUAUCCAACCUUACAGGGUUUCCCAAGAACUACAGAGCAAUUAAUUUUAAGUGGACUGAGCAGAAAGUCAUUUGAUCGACAAAUUUUGCGUUUGCAAAGUCUAAGAAUUUUGGAUUUGUCGGACAAUAACAUCUCCUAUUUGCCAAAGGAGCUAGGCACCUUACCUCAUCUUCAACAACUUUUACUGUCGCAAAAUAAUCUUGGAAAAUCACCUAAAUCGAAGUGGACAUGGCUAGAGCAAACUGCCAUUAAGCAUAAUUUGCAUUUCUUAGAUAUAAGUAGUAAUUUAUUAACUGAAUUGCCAACACAGAUUAAAAAUCUAAAUGCCUUGGUACAUCUAAAAAUUAGCCAAAAUACAUUGACGCAUCUACCACAUAAUAUUAAAACUUUACGAAAUCUGAGAGUUUUGGAUGUAGCAAGAAACCGUUUGUCGUAUUUACCAGUGACUAUCACAUAUCUGCGAUUACAGCUUUUAGAUGUUACAGAGAAUCCGUUUAUGGAAUCCUACGACAUUAAAAAUGAUGUUUGUGGAAAUGAUAGUGCAAUGACAGUAAAGAUGACAAAUCUUGUUGAAUGGUCAGCUAAGAGCAUUCUAAAGUCUAGGAUAACGUAUGAUGCAAGUAUAAUACCAUAUACAUUGGUGGAUUAUUUGGAUGAAGCAAAAUGCUGCUACCUAUGUAAAACUGCUUGUUUUGAUUGUUACGUAAAGAAGCUCAUAUAUGUACCUCUACCAUGUGCCGAGAUAAAAAAGUCGAUGCAUACAGCUUUUAUAUUUGAAGCUUAUUUCUGUUCGUUACUCUGUGCUAACAAUAUCCUCUGAUUUACAAUAGGAAUGCGUUCAGGGAAACGCUAAUAAACAUGACUUCAUCAAGGAUCAUAACACAAAAAAACUUAAAACACUAAGACCAUAGAUUUAUAGGAUAUAGGAGUGUUCAUACGAGAGUAGAAUUCCUCUAAUAAGAGUUCCAUCAUAUUCAGAAAACGAAAGUGAUAAGUAAAACAGUAAAAUAGCUUGUUAUAGCUUGUUUUUUCACUUUGACUGAUAUUCGUGCAUGACAUGCAAAAAACUUAAAGCAGUAAGACACUAUCAUAAGACACUAUCUUAAGUUCAUAAGUUAGUCUUUCUGCUAUGGCCCAUAGUCGAUUUUUAUAUUUGAAGCUGUCAACUACAGUCUAAAGAUAUCAUAAGCCAAUCAGAAGGAUUAACAUAUAUUAACAUCUUAAGACAUUUCUCAAGACGAUUUUGAAAUAAGAACGGACUAUGAAUAUCGCUCUUUAUCUCAUACUUGUUCCCUAUUAAUGACGGAUGCGCACAUGAGUGCAAGAUAGGUGUUUUAACUCUUACUACAGAAACUCUACACGCUGAAAAGCUGAGGACUUGAUUGAAAGAAAGAGAGAAAUAAUCGUGGAGUAGUUCUCUCCUUUUCUAAUAGUGAAUUAAUUGAUGGCAUAGACUUAAGCUCGAUGUCAGCCCUUACAGGGCUACAAACCUAUAGUGACGCUUACUACUGAAAUAGCUUCAUGUGGUAUCAGAAAAUAACAUUUUGAUACUAGAAUCAAAGAUAAUUAUUGUUUUGGUGUUCGCUCUUCUUUUCUAUUUACUUAAUCGUACAUAUUCUAAGAG